AUGUCUGCCCUGUGUGAGUUUUGGGUAGACCUUGUGGAGUCUGCGGCAGUCUGCUGUCUGAUUGGAUGGGCACGAUGUGGAGGAGAGUGUCCCAGUGUAGUGCAGGGAGGCAGAGAUAACAGGCUUAUCUGCAGGUGGCCCGGCAGCAGCGGCAGUGGCGGCAGGAGUCUGAGGCGACGGAGGCCCCGGGAGAGACGCGACGGAGGCCCCGGGAGAGACGCGACGGAGGCCCCGGGAGAGACGCGACGGAGGCCCCGGGAGAGACUCGACGGAGGCCCCGGGAGAGACUCGACGGAGGCCCCGGGAGAGACUCGACGGAGGCCCCGGGAGAGACGCGACGGAGGCCCCGGGAGAGACGCGACGGAGGCCCCGGGAGAGACGCGACGGAGGCCCCGGGAGAGACGCGACGGAGGCCCCGGGAGAGACGCGACGGAGGCCCCGGGAGAGACGCGACGGAGGCCCCGGGAGAGGCGCGACGGAGGCGAACCCCUCCCCAGAGAUUGA